GCUGGGGCGCGCAGCGACGCCCAGAGCCGCGGGCUGGCGUCCCCGGGCGGGAGAGCACGGGCGCGGGCGGCGCGGGCGCGGGCGCGGCGCGGGCGGCGCGGGGCGCAGUGGGCCGGGGCCCGGGCACGGCGGCGGCGGUAAAGGAGCACGGCGACGAGGAGAAGGAAGACGAGGAGGAGAUGGCACACGCGGGGCCCGCACGUGGAGGCCGGCACGGGGGCGCGGGCAGGGCCGGCUGCUGAGACGCGCUGCUGCCCCCCGCGCGGGCACCGCGGCUUCAAUGGCGCCAUCGCCCAGGACCAGCAGCCGGCAAGAUGCGACCGCCCUGCCCAGCAUGUCCUCAACUUUUUGGGCGUUCAUGAUCCUGGCCAGCCUGCUCAUCGCUUACUGCAGUCAGCUGGCCGCUGGAACCUGUGAGAUUGUGACCCUAGACCGGGACAGCAGCCAGCCACGGAGGACGAUUGCCCGGCAGACAGCGCGCUGUGCAUGCAGAAAGGGGCAGAUUGCAGGCACCACGCGAGCCCGGCCUGCUUGUGUGGACGCACGAAUUAUCAAGACAAAGCAGUGGUGUGACAUGCUCCCCUGCCUGGAGGGGGAAGGCUGCGACUUGUUAAUCAACCGGUCAGGCUGGACUUGCACACAGCCCGGAGGGCGGAUAAAGACCACCACGGUCUCCUGACAGUCGCAGCCCCUGCGGUGCCCCUGGGAGUGGCCGUGGCUCCCUGGAGAUUCUACACCUCAGCCACAGUCCUCCAUCCCGUAUGGACACCGCCUGUACUCCACAUACCCACAGUUUCCCAGAGGCCUAACCAGGACAGCCCAAUUCCUCGUAGCUCUGAGCUCAAGUCUGUCCAGCUGAACCCAGGAGGCCGGGACUCAGACCCACAGGUCAGGGGUGGUGCCAGGAAUCAGCAAUACCUGGUGUGUGGAGCCUGGCUGCACCCACCCUCCAUAGCCACUUGCUCCCUGGAGUUGGAGGACAAGAACAAGGAGGGUGCAGCCCAGCCAGCUGAGCCACAACGCAAGGUCCGGGGACUGUCGGGUGCAGAAGCCACCACUUCCUGUGUCCCAGACUGUCUGAAUCACUUUUAUUUUCUUAUACUUUCAGUAUUCUCAAUAGACCAAAGAGCAAAUCUAUUUUAACGUGGACGCAUCCCUGCUGCCAAGAGUUCCCGGGUUUGAUUGUGGGGCGGGGGAGGGCACAGUGGCAGACAUGCUGGUGGCCCAGGCAGCAUGGAGAGGCCAUCCGCGGCCAAGACCCCCGCCCCACGAACACUGCAGCGUGCUCUAGGAGGAUGGCUUUGCCCAGAAGGACACCACUGUGGGGCACCUGCAGGACGCAGCCGGGGCGUGGCCGGAGACGGCCCCCAGCGGACAGCAAAGGGCCCCGGACACAGACCCUCUGCCCCUGUGCUUAGACCAACUCUGUCGUACUAAAAUCACUUUCUGUUUUAACCAGUUAGACAUGCCUCUUCCACAGCUCCAUUUUUGAUAGUUGGAUAAUCCACCAUUUGCCAAGAGCAUGCUGGGUCUCCCGUGACUGCUAUCUCAUCUGAUACACCAUUUAGCUCCAGAAAGCAAAUUAAAGAAAACUGAAGUAACCCUGUUUGAAAGAGAUCAUUAAAUGUAUUUUGCAAAAGCCUAAAGUUAUAUAUUUAACAGUUUUUAUAUGUUGUAUAUUUGUAGAAAAUCCUAUUUAACAUUUGACGGCAGGUCUGACCAUCCCAAGAGUUGUGGCCAGGCCCCCCUGAGACUCCGAGGUGGCCAUGGAGGACCUCAAUGCAGGCAUGGAGGGGCCAAGCAGUGGGUGAGGUACAGAGGACCUUGCCCAUGCUAGGAAGCUAUGUCUCUCUUUGCUUUGGUUUGGUCUGGUAGCUCACAACCCCCUGUGAGUCUGUUGGUAAACAUUGUGUGUACAAUACUUUGGUCAUGCCUCCUCUGAUGGAUUUAGGUCCCUCUCUCUCUCUUAACCCCCUUUUACCAUCCCAUAGAUCUUGAGUCCAUGUUCGGCCAACUUGCCCUUCCCCAGUAAAUGCCCCCCUUGGUUCUCAGAGUUCCUCGGUCUCCACACCAGGAGACUGAGACAGCAGGGCUGGAGGGGGGCGGAGGAACUGGGGAAGAGUCAGUUUCCUUGGUUGCCCUACAUACACUGUGGUGCCAGAGGCCAGCGGAUAAGGGACAGCCACAGUCCCCAUUCAUUUUCCUGAGUUCUUCUAAAAGUAUACUACCUACACGUCCAAUUAACAUGACUAUCAUGCUAGUAAUAUGCUACUAAAGGAAAAAGCAAAAAAAAAAAAUGUAUUUAACUCCAGUAUAUAGAUGCCGUUCCAGCAACCAUAGGCUAAAGAUAGGAAUGAAAGCCCAUUUCUGUGAGACGCAUUCCAGUAUCCACGUGUCUUCCCUUCAUUCAUGCCGAGGGAUGAGCAUCCUAGGCAGAGCGACGAGGCUGAGAUGAGGGAUUCUCGUCAAAGAAGGUGGCCAGGCAAGGCCACUGUCUGCAUGGUGCCAGGCUCCGGUGGCCUAUGUCUCCGGGGGGUCAAACAGGGCAGGAGGUCUCAUCUCAUCUCUGAACCUCAACAUACAUUCCGCCUCCCCUCAACCGUUUCUUUGGCAAGCUAGCAUAGACACCUCCAUCCGAGGGCAGAGACCGGGAGAUUUAAGAUGUUGCAGCGUAUUUUCCCCUUGUUUUACGGUAUCCGAUUUUGUGUUGAUUCAGCUAAAUUAUGAAAAUAAAGAAAAAAAGUCCUUUGA